AUGUUUAAACUGACUCGAUGUCAACACGAAGACCUGCUUCUGCGAACGUUUGACUUCCCUAUUCGCUUCGUUGCCGCCCCCAAAUCAUGUUCGGUCGGUCGAAUAGCCUACGUGGUGUAUGUUCCGGUUGCUCUUAGCGACUUUGACCUCAGAGAGCUGAUUCGCAGUACGUGGGCCAGAAACUUCAAGGCAGACAGCACGGUAAAGUUUAUUUUCGUCGUCGGGAGCCACUGGCUGAACGAAAGCUCCAUGGUUCGCCUCGAUUCGGAAAUGAGAAGGGAAAGGGACAUUUUACGCAGUGACACAAUCGAACAUUACUACAACCUCACGUUAAAGACGUACGCGGUUUUUAAGUGGAUUCAUCGGUACUGUCGUCACGCUAAAUAUGUGGUGAGGGCAGACAGUGAUACAGUGUUGAAAAAGGACAACCUUGAUCAUUUCCUCAAAGCCAGCGGUCAGACACUGAAGCGGACGAUUGUUGGUCACUGCCACCAGUUCCAUUGUCCGACGCGAUAUCCUUCUGCGAAGAACUGCAUUCCGUUUUCUUCUUUCUCUACCGGUUUGCUUCCAAGAUACUGUUUUGGCUUCAGUAAUGUUAUCUCAGGGGACCUUGUAAGUCAAAUGCUCCGUCAUUGGCAGUCGUUGCCGUAUUUUCAUUUAGAGGACAUAUUUCUCUCAGGCAUUUUGGCAGAAGCCUUAGGCGACGUCCAGAGAGUGGAUCGUCAGGACCUGUUUGAUUACCAAACUCGUUUUGACUCGUUCGCCUGCGAUAUGACGCAGAUCGCCUCUGCUUCGUAUCCGUCAAUCGAGCAGCAGAGGGAGCACUGGACGAAGUACCUCAACCGCUGUCACCGUUCCUAG